AUGAGUGACGCUGUCGUGCGAGUGUUGGAGGUCGGCAGUCAGAAUCGAGGAGCCGCGCAAGGUUUCUGCACGUCAGAUACGUUAGCACCACCAGGUCUUCGGGAUGCAAAGACAGCUUUUGCAUGUGUCGAGGUCCUUACUGAGGGCGUAGAGGAGGAAGUGGCCGUCACAAGACUAGAUAAGCGUUGUCCACUGGCGGCGGCGCACUCGAGGCUCGAAAUUGGCACGAAAGGCGCGGUCCGAGACGGGGAAUUGGCGAAUGCAGGUCUGCUUGCUGGAGAAAGGAAAUAUCGGAGCGCAGCAGUCAGAGAGAUGUUGUUGGCGGUCCAAGCGGGUGUCUCUGCUGGCUUUGUUGGCACGGUAAACCCUGCAGGCGUUGAGCCUCCGCGGGUUCAAUGCGGUCAACAGCAGCCUCGAAAUCCAACUGGCGGGACACAGACGCGAUGGCAGGUGCCCGUAGCAGACGAAUUGCGCAUCGGGCGGUGCUGA